AUGACCACCUCAACUGUAGAACUUGUUGGUAAGGCAUCUGCUCUUUUGCAGUCCUCGCAGGCGGAAAGGGCUCUAGAACUUUUGGCACCACAUGCCAGCGAUAAGCAAGAUGACGUAGUCUAUUUGCAAACAUUUGGAGAAGCACUCCUUGAAAAUAACCAGGUUGAAACAGCCUAUCAAGUACUCAUCCGCGGGUGUGAAUUGGACCCAGAGGCCGAACAUGGUACCGAAAAGUUCUUGUACUUGGGACAAAUCAUUGGAGGUGUUGAUGGGUUGAAUUAUAUAGAUGCUGGGUUGACCCGUUUAGAGUCUCAACUUAAAUGUAUUGAAGAUGAUUCCAUUACUCCAGAUGCUGCACUCGUUGAGUUGGGUAAGAUUUACUCAACCAAAAAUUCCAUUGCCUCCUAUUUAAUCAAAAAACUUAACCAGGGGAUCUUUGCUAAGAUUGAGAUUUGGAUGACUGAUUUGUGUAUGGAACCAGAAGCAGAAUCUCAAUGUGAUAACUUGAUUACAUCCUCCUUGAAAUGGGACCCAGAAAACCCAGAGGCAUGGUCGUUACUUGCAUCAAUCAGAAUUUCCCAGCAACGUUCAGCUGAUGCUCAAGAGGCCUUGGUAAAGGCAUGGUCACUUUUCCAAAUAAAGAAAACUACUUUGGAAGAUGCCGCUCUGAAAUCACAACAACCAGGACAUUCAGAUGAGAGCGGUGACUUUGAUGUAAAUAUGGAAUAUGCUGAACUUCUUCAACCUUUGUUGACUUUGGCCAAAUUAGCCAUUGAACUGGAACUUUAUGAAAUUGCCAUUCUGGCUUCUUCUGGAUCUCAGGACAUCAAUGAAUCCCUCUUGGAAUCUUAUUAUUACGAAGGUUUGGCAUGUUUGCUCCAAGCCAAGAAGCUUCACGUUGCCGCUAACAAGAGCGGUGAAGACUAUAGAGAAAUACAACUUUCUUCUAGCACCGAUGAAGAAGCUCAAUCUUUCCUCGAAGAUGCAAGAAUCGCCUUGACCCAUGGAUUCAAACUCUGUCAAGGAGAUGCCAGUGAAAUGGAUGAAGAGGUUGCUGCACAAGUCAAUGAACUUUUGAAUGAAGUUGGAGGUCCAUUGAUGAGUGAACUACUUCCUAAGAGAGGUGGUGCUGAAGAGUAUGAAGGAUGGGAAGAAGACAUUGAAUCUGAUGAAGAAUAG